AUGAGGAAUACACGCGCACAGUCCCACAACGCCGAGAGUUCAAAUACUAAUCACGAAGCAGAAGCAGGACGAACUCAUCCAACAAAUGGAGGAGACUUCAUGAGUCAAUUCUUGAGCGCUUUACAGGGUUUUGUCCAACAGCAGGCCCAAACUCAGGCUACCCAAACCGACCUAAACCGAACCUCUAACACGAUAGAUCAAGCUGUAGAGCGAUUUCGGAACUAUAAUCCACCACGAUUCAAUGGACGUGAUGGACCACUAGCAGCCGAAGAGUGGUUGGAAGAGCUCGAACGUAUCUUCACUCACAUCAACUGUAGUGAUGAGCAGAAAGUUUCAUGCGCUGUUUUUCAACUCAAAGAGGACGCUCGACAAUGGUGGAAACAUUUCUAUCGCUUGUUGGGAGAGGAAGAUCGCAAUGUUCUAAAUUGGAAAAAUUUCAAAGAUGUGGUAAUGUAUAAAUACUUUCCCCUCUCAUUCAGAGAAAAGAAGGAGACCGAGUUCUUUGAGUUGAAACAAGGGAAUAUGACUAUAGAGGAGUAUGAAAGGAAAUUCAAUGAGUUGGCCCGUUUUGCUCCACACCUAGUUGAUACAGAAGAUAAGAUGAUCGCUAGGUUCAGAAAAGGGUUAAGAAUUGACAUCAAAGGAAUUAUGGCUGCACAUGUGAUUGACGAUUUCAGCGACCUGGUUAAGCGAGCGGAAGAAGUGGGCACGGCUCUUGGAACAAACCAUCCUACAUCAAAAUCGACAAAUCAACCAAUGAAGAGGAAAUGGGAAAAUCCUAACCAAAGUGGAGGAAACUUCCAAGAGAAGAGGUCGAAAUUUGGCAGUAACACCAGUGCAAACACACAAGUAACCAAACCACAAUGUCAGAAGUGUGGAAAGUUCCACAAUGGAGAGUGUCUGUGGGGAAAAAGAGUUUGCUUCUUUUGCCAUGAACCGGGACAUACAGUGAGUACUUGUCCUAAGAACAAGCGGAAUGUGCCAGAAGGGAGAAUGAACGUUGGGCUAAACAAAGGAAGUGGCAACGAGCCAGAAAGAAAAGGAAAUGCUCGUUUCUUUUCCUUAACACAACAAGAAGAAGUUGAGGAUGACAACACAAUGACGGGUACGUUAAUUAUAUCAGGAACACCUGCUGUUGUUCUAUUUGAUUCUGGAGCUUCACACUCAUUUAUUUCCCCUAAGUUUUGUCAAAAGAAUAAGAUUAUUUGGGAGGAAUAG